AUGGUGCGUGAACCGGAAUCUGAUAUGUUUGAUUUAGAGAAAGCUGUUGAAAAAUGGGCGUUUGAUGUAUUUUCUAUGACAGCUAGCUCUGAACUGAAGAAAAUGUUAUCUCGGUACGAAAUUGAACUAAAAUUUAUAUGGGACGAUAUAAUUUCUGCUCACGAUCCUCCGGAAUUUAUUGAAGACCAAAGAUCGUUUAAUCCAAAAGGACAAGCACUUUUCUCUACAACUUUUAAGAAUGUGACAGAUGUUAAUCAAGAAUACACAUGCCAUACUGAGAGGAGAACAACAUCCGUUGCCGAAAUCGAGAUCGAGGAAGGUGUUUUAACUACAAAGGAAUUAGGUAUAAAGUUGGCAGUAAGUCUGAUUGUACAAUUAUUUGAAGCACUUAUUAUUGAGAUAAGCAUUUAG